GGAGACUGUCAAAGUGGAUAACGUUCUGCCCAGACUCCUACUUCACUCUUGUUCCUGCUGCUCCUUCGCUUCCCUGUUGCUGCUAUCAACUAUGUCGUUGGAGUUUCAAUCCUAAAUCUCUGUCGUCUCUUCUCUCCGAUGGCCUCUUCUCUUCCUCUCCAUCACCCCUCCCACUGUCUCAUCUCCAAUCCACUGAAGCAGUUUAGAGGUUCCAACAAUGGAUGCUCCCCAAGACCCAGAAGCUAUUCCCCCACAAAAGACACAGAAAAAGGCGUUCGCUUUCAACCCAUCAAAGCAAAAGCAGCCACGGAGGCUCCUCCAUUUUCUCUCUUUCAGCCUCCCAAAGAUGAGGACUCUCCCUCUGAGUUGGAGCCAGCGGACCCCGAUUUCUACAAGAUAGGGUAUGUUAGAAGUAUGAGAGCAUAUGGAAUCGAAUUUAAGGAAGGGCCAGAUGGGUUUGGGGUUUAUGCUUCAAAGGAUGUGGAACCACUUCGCCGGGCUAGAGUAAUAAUGGAAAUUCCUCUAGAACUGAUGUUAACCGUAAGCCAAAAGCACCCAUGGAUGUUUUUUCCAGAUAUAGUACCAGUGGGUCAUCCAAUAUUUGAUAUCAUUAACUCAACCGAUCCAGAGACAGAUUGGGAUCUGAGGUUAGCAUGCCUUCUUUUGUACGCAUUUGACAAGGAAGAUAACUUUUGGCAGUUGUACGGUGAUUUUCUACCCAGUGCUGAUGAGUGCCCCAACUUGCUUCUAGCUAGUGAGGAGGAGCUUUCAGAACUGCAGGAUCCCAAUCUUGCUUCAACUAUGAGAGAACAGCAACGCCGAGCCCUGGAAUUUUGGGAAAAGAAUUGGCACUCGGGUGUACCACUAAAAAUUAAACGCCUUGCUCGUGAUUCUGAGAGAUUCAUUUGGGCUCUGAGUAUGGCACAAACACGAUGCAUAGGCAUGCAAAUGAGAAUUGGUGCACUUGUUCAAGAUGCAAAUAUGCUAAUUCCUUAUGCAGACAUGCUAAACCAUUCGUUUGAGCCAAACUGCUUUUUUCAUUGGCGUUUUAAGGAUCGCAUGCUUGAAGUGAUGAUAAAUGCUGGAAAACAGAUUAAGAAAGGUGACGAGAUGACCGUCAAUUACAUGAGCGGACAACAGAAUGACAUGUUGAUGCAAAGAUAUGGAUUCUCUUCUCCUGUGAAUCCUUGGGAUGUGAUUCCGUUCUCUGGAAAUGCACGUAUUCAUUUGGAUUCCUUCUUGUCAGUAUUCAAUAUAUCCGGACUUCACGGAGAGUACUACCAUAACACAGGUCGACUAUCUAAUGAUGGAGAUACUUUUGUUGACGGAGCGAUCAUAGCAGCAGCAAGAACAUUGCCCACGUGGUCCGAUGGGGAUGUGCCUCCGAUCCCAAGUAUGGAAAGAAAAUCCGUGAAGGAAUUACAGGAAGAAUGCCGACAGAUACUUGCAGCGUUUCCUACUAACUCUAAGCAGGACCAAAAAAUCCUAGAUUCAAUGCCAAAUGCUAGUAGGACGCUUGAGGCUGCAAUCAAGUAUAGAUUGCACCGGAAAUUGUUCGUAGAGAAGGUCAUGCAGGCACUGGAUAUAUACCAAGAACGGAUACUAUUCUGAUAAAAAGCUUACGAGUUUAGAAAGCUAGGAAAAUUUUGUGGCAUUCAAUUGUGCCAAAACUAUGCUGAUUACAGCGAAGUUUAUUCAUGUUUAACAUGUAUGAGUUUGUGCAAAGAUUUUUAUAUUUAUUUUUAGUAUGUCUUUUCUUCCCAA